AUGUGUGUUUUGCUUUGCAUCCAUUGCACCAUCAGAUACACAUUCCAGUGGUUACUAUGACCACUAACAUUCCAUCAGGUUAGCCCUUUGGGUCCUGGCCGUGGUUAAAAGGAAAUAGGCUGAACUUCACAUUCUUCAUUAAAUCUAUGUUACUUUCUAUCAUUUGCAAGUUUAGGAGCUCUACAUAAACAUCCUUUAUUGCUGUGUGAAAAGACAGACAUGGACUUGGAGAAGCUUGAAGAAACCAAGUCUGCGCAAGAGCCAAAAUCUGACAAGAAUUGAAUUACAGAACCUCUGCUCACAGACUUCAGUAUGUGUCUGGGAAACGUCCCUACAAGCUUUCAGCAGCUCAGCUGAGAGGAAGGACAGAUCUGCCAUCCCGCUAUGGAUAUCGAGGCCUUUGACUGCCAGAGCUGUAAGGAAUCUCUCUAUGGAAAGAAAUACACCGUUAAGGACGACAAUCCCUACUGCAUCAAAUGCUUUGAAAACCUUUUUGCAAAUAUAUGUGAAGGAUGUAAAAAACCCAUUGAAUGUGACUCCAAGGAUCUUACCUACAAAGACAGCCACUGGCAUGAAGUUUGUUUCAAGUGUGCCAAAUGCACUUGCUCUUUGGUAGAGAAACCAUUUGCUGCCAAGGAUGAGCUGCUGCUGUGCAUUGAUUGCUACUCCAAUGAGUAUUCCUCCAAGUGCUUCAACUGCAAGGCCAGCAUAAUGCCUGGUUCUCGUAAAAUGGACUACAAGGGGUGUAGCUGGCAUGAAACGUGCUUUGUCUGCGAGAGCUGUCAGCAGCCCUUAGGAAGCAAGCCCUUUAUUCCCAAACAAUCCAGUUUAUAUUGUGUGCAGUGUUUUGAGAAUCAAUUCGCAAGUCACUGCACAUUUUGCAAAAAGGCAAUCAUCACAUCAGGAAUAUCUUUCCAAGAUCAGCCAUGGCACAGUGAAUGCUUUCUAUGUACAAACUGUAAGAAGAAGCUGGUGGGACAGGAGUUCACGGCGAAUGAUGAGGAUCCAUACUGUUUAGAUUGCUUUGGUAAUCUGUAUGCCAAAAAGUGUACUGCAUGUGCUAAACCUAUAACUGGUCAAGGAGGUGCCAAAUACAUCUCAUUUGAGGAUAAUCAUUGGCACACAGACUGCUUCAAUUGUUCAAAAUGCACUCAUUCACUCAUUGGCCAAAAAUUUCUCCAACGUGAUUAUGGUAUACUGUGCCUCCAGUGUGGUCGUGACUUAUAAAUUCAUAGAUGUUUGAUGUGUAGUUUUAUGCUUCUUUUAAGCAAAUCGCACAUAACCAUGCAUGUUGUCCAUGUGGGUCAUACCAUGUGGGCUUUUAGUUUUAUCACUGGUUGUCUUAAAUUAUCCACUUAGAUAUUACAGCAUUCCACACUUUCACACAUUUAUUGAAAAGUUCAAACCAGUAUUAAAAAAAAAACUAUUUUGAAAAUGUUAAAACUGUGUGCGUGAUUACAAGAUUGUAAGGUGCUUGAGAAAGCAACGGUCUAUAUACAUGUUAUAAUAAUGUUUAAAGUGUAAAA